ACUUUUAUUUAAACUUCAUAAAUAUUUUUAAACUCAAAAUCAUUUAGUUAGAUUUGAAUUUCGUAUUUAAACUUUACAUUUUUAUUUAAUAUUCCUGGGACGGGCUCGGCCAAAUCAGGGUUUGGGCAAACUGGGAACUAGAAAAAUUUCCCGCGCUCUACAACCGCGCUACAUACCAUCUUUACUUGAACUGAGUUGUGAAAUUUCUUGGAAGCGUUUUUGUAUAAAGAAAGAUGGAAAAUAAAGUCMAUCGUGUGGCUAAAAUGCUGGAAGAGGCAUCUUCAAUCUUAAAAUCAGAGGCUAGUGGAAAUGGAGGAAACCAACAGCACCAGAGUAGCCAAAGUAAUAUGUUAAAGGAAGGUUCCUCGUCAGGUCUUUUCAGACGUCUUAAUCGUAAUGAAAGAUUGAGGGCUGCAAAUCCUUAUCAGCUCCCAAGWACAUCUCGUAGUAGACCAUCAAAGCCAGUAAAAGUUAAGACGAAAAAGCCACUGGAGUUCGCUUUGUUAAAGUGCUUUGAAGAAGAUGAUGAAGAACCKUACAAUUUAAAAUGGGAUUCGGUCGUGGCCGAGGGAAUAUUGUUGGUUGGCGAAGAAGAUGAUGAAGAUACUAUCAGGUUAGCCAUCACACAAUCGCUGAGCAGUAAACUACCUUUACUUGGGAAAGACGACUUUGAAUUUGCCAAGGUUAGAUACAAACAAAUUAAAUGCCUUGAACUUAGCCCUGGAACUGAGUAUAAUUAUCCUGUGGUCAAGAAGCUGGCAGGGCAGGGCCUGCUUUACUUAAAAGUAAAGCAAGGAUUUAAUUUUGUCUAUGAGGAAAAGAGUGGUGGUAGACCAGAUAUAGAGAUUUCAGAUGAUGAUAAAGACGAUGAGACUUUCAGUAAGCCAACCUUUGGAGAGAAAAAAGAAUCUGAAAUGACACAGAAUUCCCAAGCGAAGCAAGAAACAGAGAAAGAAAGCACCCAACAUGCGACCAUCACAAUGCCUGCAACUCCUGCAACUCUGUGUCCUAACUUUAGUGGGAUUGAUAUUGAUGUUUUGGUCAAGGAAAUCCAAAAGCAAUCUCUUCUUGACCCAGUGGAAAUCUUAAGAUUUCUCCAGAAAGAAAUGGUUAAGGGAAGAGCCUUGGAGAUAAGUGACAGUAGCGAGACUCUAGAKGGAGAGACAAACCACAUUUGUGUUGAUCGUCAUAACCUGAUCACUUCAACAUUCUCAGAACUGGAGUCCAUUGAGGACUAUAAUAUUACUUUCGAAGUUGAUUUUAUUGGCGAAAUAGCGCAAGRCCAUGGUGGUCCGAGGAAAGAGUGGAUCAGGCUUAUCAAUGCAUCAAUAAAGGAAAAGUAUUUUGACAGUGGCAUCAAGCAAUUCCUAUCAGAGGAGUACUAUUUCGUCGGCAUAAUGGUUGGCAUAGCCCUCAUGCAAAAUGGCCAGCUGCCAAGCUACUUGCCAUCGGAAAUCACAAACACUUUAACGGAUAUAAACAGUCCAAAUGAGUGCAUUGCCAAUCUAAAGYGAGGGUUGGACAAGUUUGGACUAAGGCAAAUUUGUCAAAGACUUCCAGUGCUUCUCCAUCUUUUAAGGCCAAGUAAUACUACUAUGACAGCCAAGAAGCUCAUUCAUAUGUUAAAGCCUCAGUUUUCUGAAGAGGGAUCUUCUUCCUUUUUGAAAGAAAAGGAGUUAUAUUCCCUAUUGAUCAAGUACAUAAGACAAKUAGCCAGUGGAAGAAGGGAACCCAUUACCUUAAGUUCAAUGCUCGUUUUCGUGACAGGAGCUGCAGAAGAACCUGUACUUGGUUUUGUCAUCCAACCAAGCAUCACCUUUAAGCAAUGUGAUGAUGAU